AUGCAAGGUAACAGGGAAAACUCCAAAGGAUCACAUAAUGAAGAAAGUGUUAGUAGUACGUUAGGAAAAGAACAAACUGGACAAGGUAAAAGUAAUAUAAUUGAAAAUAUCAAAGUUGAUAAAAAUAAAAAAAUUAUUUAUUUAUACGAUGUAGCUAUCACCGAAGAUGAGCUUGAAGAAUUAUUAAAGAGCAAAAGAAAAGAACAAAAAAAUGAAACGUGUAAUUAUAAAAAGGUUUGUUAUAAUUAUGAAAUGAAUGGUAAGAAUGUUGAACAUAAUAAUGUAGUGGAAGAGAAGGGAACAUUAUGUAAUAGCAAUGUAGAUAGUAAAUGUUCUUGGAUAGAUGAUAAUCAUAAAGUUAUAUCUUUAAUGAGAUGUCAAAAAUAUAUUAUUGAAAAUCGAAUAAAUAAAGAUAUAGAUAUACCACAUAAUAAUACUAUUAAUGCUUUAUUUAUGGAUUAUUAUCAUUUGGUUAUGGCAUAUACAUAUUUUAAACAAAAUAAACAUGAAGAUAAAUCUAUAUUUGAAGUAUAUUUUAGGAAGUGUCCAUUCAACGGUCAAUUUGCUAUAUUAGCUGGUGUAUAUGAAGUAAUAAAAUAUAUUAAUUGUUUUCGAUUUACCAAAGCUCAAUUAGAUUUUAUAAGAAAGAAGAUGUCAUCUUAUAAUGAUAUUGAUUCUUUUGUGCAAUAUUUAGAAAAGAUUAGUGGAAAUGAUUUAUGUAUUUAUGGUAUGGAAGAAGGAUCUGUUGUUUUUCCUAAUGAACCUUUAAUGGUAAUAGAAGGACCAUUAUUAAUUUGUCAAAUAUUAGAAAGUGUUAUAUUGAAUUUAAUGAAUUAUCCAACAUUAAUAUCAACAAACAGUAUUAUGUAUAAAUUUUCCAUAAAUAAUAAAACCUUAGCUGAAUUUGGUUGUAGAAGAGCACAAGGUCCUGAUGGAGCCUUGAGUGGAUCGAAGUAUUCAUUUUGUGGUUGUGAUUUUACAUCAAAUGUAUAUGCAUCCUAUUUAUAUGAUAUACCUAUACUGGGUACGAUGUCACAUUCAUUUAUAUCAUCAUUUCAUAAUACAGAAAAAUUAAUAUCAAACCUUUUAGAUAAUCACGAUUUUGUUUCUAUUAUAAAUAAAAAUAAAAAUAUCGUUCAUAAAUUAUAUGAUUGUAAAUAUACAAAUGAAAGUGAACUUAUUGCUUUUUCAGCUUUUGCACAAAUUAAUCCUAAAAAUUUUAUAUGUUUAAUUGACACGUAUGAUACAUUAAAAUCAGGAAUAUAUAACUUUUUAAUUGUAGCCUUAUCAUUAUAUGAAAUUAAUUAUAAACCUAUCGGUAUAAGAAUUGAUUCAGGUGAUUUAAGAUCUUUAACAAAUGAAUGUAAAAAUAUAUUUAAUGACAUAUCACAAAAAUUAAAUGUACCUUUUAAUCAAUUAAAAAUAUGUGUUAGUAAUGAUAUUAAUCAAAAAAUUAUUAAUUACCUUAAUGAAGAACAAAAUCAUAUAGAUAUUUUUGCCAUAGGCACUAAUUUAAUUACAUGCCAAUCACAACCAUCAUUAGGAUUAGUAUAUAAAUUAGUACAAAUAAAUAAUGCCCCUUGUUUUAAAAUGACUAAUGAAAAUAAAAAAUCAAAUUUACCAUACCAAAAAAAUGUUUAUAGAAUAUAUACAGAUCAACAAUUUGCAACAUUGGAUUAUAUACAAUUAUAUAAUGAACAACCACCAAUUCUAAAUCAACAAACUAUAUCUAUAAAUAUACAUGAUGAAUGGAAACAAACUAUUAUUAUUCCAAAAAAAAUCGAACAAAAAUUAUGCCUUAUAUGGAAAUAUGGAAAAUCAUUAAUAACAUUUAAAAAUAUAUAUGAUUUGAAAAAAUAUACACAAAGUGAAAUUAACAAUUUUAAAAACGAACACUUUAAAACGGUUUCACCUGUACCUUAUCCGGUGCUCUUUUCGGAUACUUAUCAUAAGGUAUAUAAGGAUCUCCUCAUAAAAAAUUCUCACAUAAAUCAAUAA